AGUUCACCUCAUUCGUGGACACGAUUACAUCAUUUCCCGUCUGGAAUGUUUUCUUGCCAUUCAUUUUGAAUUUUUUGCUAAACUUGGACAUUAUAAACUUUACCUGAUUGGCUCCAUGGAACACAUAUACACACAUAGCAAGUCUCUGUAAAUCUAUACCAUCGGUGCCCUUUUGAGAAAUGCAUGCGGACACUCUAACGCACCAUAACAGCAAUGGAGCCAUAUUUUGACUAUUCCAGGGCUUAAAGUGUCUGUGGAAAAAACAUACAUGAUAGAAAUGACAAAUUUAGAAGGAGGCUUUGAAAUCUCCACUCCACCUCAGAAACAAAUAAUAACCCAUGUCCCCAUGUCCACCAUUGGGGGUGCUAUAACUGAAGCAAGCGUGUUCAAGCUUGUUUUAUGUCUGAUUUGAAUUUUUUUUCUUCUGUAUUGCCGUUACUUUGCUUUUAGGAAGUGAACCUGUAAUCUAUUGCCAUGAAUGUAAUUAUCCUGGGGUUUUGUUGUGGAUGUUAUUUUGUGGAAGCCUUGCUGUACAUUGAUAAUUACUUAAAAGAUUUAUUAUGCAGGAUUUUUUAGCCUUGCUGUGGUCCUGUCCUGUGUCUACAAUUGAAAAAGAUUCCUCCUCCAUCUUCAACACUCCGCCCACUCACCCCAUGUACUCGACUAGCUACUGUAACAUUGCUAGUUACCUCUAGAUAGCUAGAGGUAAUGUUACUUACAUGUCCCACAGAAAACACACCAACUUUGCGUCGCUUUUCAUCAUUCCCUUUGUUAACUACUGCCAUCAAUGAAAAGCACUUCCAAGGUUGACUGGUUUUUGAAGGGCCCCAUCAGCUUGUUGUUUCGCUUGGCUGCACUUGUGCUUCUUCACUUCUGGAAUUUCUGCAGCUCGCUACAUACACUGUUGAAACCUGAUCCCACAGAGGCUCUGUAGCCACACCCUCUCCCCUACACACAUCUAGAAGAAAUAAAGGCAGAAAAGUAUUCUGGUAUUUUUGUAGCAGAAGUGAGGCUCCCAGUUGAUCAUAGUCACAUUACACAAUUAUUUUACGGUACUGAAGCGAAGCUGUGACCUGCUGUCACUGACUAAUUGUAUUAGGUGAGCAAGUCGUGUGUAGUGCGCACGCGCUGCCCGGCGCAUGUGAAACGCACGGUUGUUAUAGGAACUCCAAACAGUCCUUGGUUCCAGGAGGAGAAUGUGUCACUUUCAGACAGCUAGCAUCAUUUUACUCGCCUGAUAACCACUUAGCUAAUGAACCUUACCAAAAUUAACUAUCGUGUUUGAUUUAAUUCACAUUUUAAUUGUGGGUCGAAGUUGGCUGAAAGUUAUGGGAAGCAUUAAAGAGCGGUACUCCGUCAUCUGCUCAGAGCUGCAGUUGCGCCCGAAUCCGUACAUUUUACAGGUCCUGGAGGAUACGGAGGGACAGACAGAAGAGAUUCUGAUAAAAGUGACGGGGAACAACCGGUUGCUGCCAGUGCAAAAGCUGACAGAUGAAGAUGCUCUAGCGUUGUCCAAAACCCUAUGCAACAACGUUUCAAUUAAAGCUCUCGAUUUACGGUACAACGAAAUCACCGACGAAGGCGCCAAGCACCUCGCAGACCUUCUCCAGGAGAAUGUAUCUCUUUUGUCUCUCAAUCUCAUGGGCAACAACAUAAAGGCCAGCGGUGCAAAGUUCCUUGGAAAAUGUUUACAAGUGAAUAAAACACUGAAGACGUUACGGAUAACGGGCAACAAGAUUGGGAAUGGAGGUGCCAUGCACCUGGCCUCUAUGUUGCAGACAAAUUCUUCUUUAGAGGAGCUGGAUAUCUCAGACUGUGAUCUGGAUACACAGAGCUUAAUCGCCUUCGCCAUCGUCCUGAGCAGCAACAGGAGCAUCCGCACCAUUAAUCUCAGCCGCCCCCUGCUCUUCAGUCAUCAGGAGGAGACAACGGGGCAUUUGGCUCGAAUGCUGAAGGUGAACCAGCACCUGCGGGAACUGCACGUGGGAAAGCACAGCAUGACGGACUGGGGUGUGGAGAGACUGUGCCAGGCGCUGAGGGAAAAUGCCACCCUUCGAUAUCUGGACCUCCGCUGCAACAGCAUUGCGCGUGAUGGGGCCAGGCAUCUAGCAGAGCUUCUAAAGCUGAACACAACUCUGGAGAUCCUGGACCUGUCCUCAAACAGGAUAGAGGAUGAGGGGGCGGCCCACCUCAGCCAGGCCAUCGCUCUGCACAACAGCAGCCUGAGAGCGCUGUCUAUCCCGAGCAACAGCAUUGGAUCAGCGGGCCUGGUUUUGCUCGCUAAAGCCAUGGGCGUCAACUCCUCCCUGUCUCACAUUUACAUCUGGGGCAAUAAGCUGGAGGAGCCAGCCUGUGUGGCGUUCGCUGACCUCAUUAAAAGCGGGCGACUGCGCAAGGAGGACACAGACGUUUCUCCAUAUGAGGUCGACGGCCACGUGUUUCUGGCGGAGGUUUUUCACGGGUUGAGGAGGCACUACUACUGGACACCUAGCUUCGGGCGGGACGGUGACCCAGCCAGCAACUCAGCACUUGCCUUGGUUGUCUCUUCUUAAAACAACCAAGUAUCGUACUUGUAAUUCACCUUUUUUGUAUGAUAAGCACUUUGGAGAAUUGCCCUAUAGGAAACUUUGAAUCUUACCUGUAUCAUUACCUGUAUUUGUUGUCAAUAAAAAAAAUAAUUGUUGUU